CCUACCCCGUGGAGCCCUGUAAUCUUCAUCAUCAUCAUCAUCAUCAACAGCCUAUCCUAGUCCACUGCUGGACAUAGGCCUCUCCAAUUGCACGCCACUCAGAUCGAUCUUGGGCUACUCGCAUCCAGCUCCUGCCAGCCACCUAGCGCAAAUCGUCACUCCAUCGUGCCUGAGGACGUCCUACACUACGUUUGCCUAGACGCGGUCUCCACUCCAGAACUCGUCUACCCCAACGGUUAUCGGUUCUUCGGCAAAUAUGGCCAGCCCACUGUAAUAUUACUCACCGUUUAAACUAUCAGUUUGAACGAAAUGUGUCAUUUUAUGGGCGAGCUAAUAAAAUAUUCAUGACUCAUAAAAGGCUCGUCGAACAUAGUGACGCUUUGGUUUAGUUCAAACUCAUUGUCUCAUGGAAUAACACUUCAAAAUCAAAGAUGAUACAAAGGAGUGCUGUUAUUGGACGAAGUGGAGAUCGCUCAAACUUGCAACUUUACAAAGAAUUGGAAAUCCUAAAUUUCAAGGAGCAGAUAUCAAAUAGUGUGGAUUCUAAGGAAAGGGACAUAAAAACGAUAAGCGACAACUUCAUUCGACCCAAUACUAAAGGGCUUUUUCAGUCACAUGUUGCGUCCAGUCUAAAAAAACUUUCUAAAGAGCCUCGCAAUCAAUUGGAGUUGUUCCAAAAGUCCAUGAAGAUUAUGCUUGUUUGUGGCCAAUUUAUAGGACUGAACCCCGUCAUAGGUGCUCUGGAAUUAGACACUGCUAAAAUGAGAUUCAAAUAUAUAUCUGUCAGAUUUGUAUACAGUUGUCUACUAUUCGUGGCGCAAACUUCAAUGGCAGCUCUUUGCAUGUAUCGAAUAUACAGGCAUACUAUAUCUAUUACUAUUAUAUCUUUUGUGACUUUCUACGUUUCAACGUCAAUGACAACAAUCAUAUUUUUGAGGGUAGCCUACAAAUGGCCUGCUCUGAUGAAAGACCUCGUCAACUCGUCUUUAGAUAAAUAUGUUGAUUUGAAGGUCCAGCCUCAACUGAUUUGGACUAGCGUACUCUUUCUUAGUUUGGCAUUACUGGAACAUCUAUUAUCUCUGAACACAAAAUAUGCUGAAUCAAGCGUGUGCCCCCAACAAAACAACACUGCCUACAAAAACUUCAUUGACCUAAGUUUCCCUUGGUACAGAGAAUUAGAUUUGCCAUUCCACAUAUCAACUGGUAUAUUUUUGCAGUUUGUGAAUUUUUGUACAACAAUAAAUUGGAGCUACUCUGACGUUUUCAUGGUGUGUAUGAGUAAUUAUUUAGAGGCCAUAUUGAGGAAAAUAAACAAAAGCAUCGUGGAAGCAGAACAGAAGUAUUAUCAGCCGUCAUUCUGGAGUGCAUUACGCGCCGACUAUACAAGAGCUACACGCUUGAUCUCUUCCUUCGAUAAUGCUAUCAGCGGGAUCAUGCUUCUAUCAUUUGCGACAAACCUCUUCUUCAUUUGUCUACAGUUGUUUUAUAUAUUUUCCCAUGGAGUUCGAGGAAACAUGAUUAUGAAAUGUCCAGGCUUACACGAGGUUCUAGUUUUUGGUGGUUAUGAACCACUGGUGUAUUUCAUAUUUUCUUCUGUGUUCCUGCUGUGUCGAUUCUUGGCUGUGUCACUUAAUGCAGCCAACAUUCACUCUGCAUCUCUGGCUAUAGCACCGUCGUUGUACAACUUACCAUCUACUGUUUACUGUACUGAGAUACAAAGAUUUAUUGAGCAAGUUCAUGGCAGUACCGUGGCUUUGAGUGGACUUCAAUUCUUUUAUGUAACCAAAAGUUUGAUUUUAACUGUAGCUGGAACUAUAGUGACGUAUGAGUUAGUGCUGCUUCAGUUUAACGGUGAACAGAAAUCAUAAAAUGAUAGUUAAUUUGCACCACAAAUAUAACUGAGUAUUAUACAUUAUAUAAAGUUACCACAUGAAUGUUGCCAUAGAGCGGCAAGUGAGCUUGCUACUUUUAAAGUCAGUGUUAAAGAAGGUGGAAUAUAAUAUGACGAUAAGUUAUAGAGCUGAAUUCUAUUUUUUGCACGUAUUAAUCAUAAAAUAAAGCUUGUUGUUUAGGAGUGCUACAAUUAAAUUUAUUUUACAAUUUGAAGAUGUUUCUUUAGUUACUUAUAACGGGUAUAACUCUGAAAUGAUUCUCUGAAUUGGUAGGAUUGAUUGGAGGUACUAACUGGUAAGAGUUUUUUUUUAUUUUUUAUAAAACAUGAUAAAGCUCACAAACUCUUGAGAGCCACCUGGCACCGUCUUGUCACGCGACGUUCACUCGUGGUCGAUGAGCAAACUCGGCUCGGCAGCUAAAGGGCCCCAUAUACGGAACGAUUCGUCGUUGCGAUCGAUC